AUGCCCCCCAAUGGCCGCGUGGGGCGGCGCACCCUUGUCGUCGGCCUCGCCAUCUUCAUCACCACUGUCGCGGCGUCGUUGUCAUCUCUCCGGCUGCGCCCGAGGGCUCGACAUCAACAUGACGCCGGGGCGGCCGCGCGGGACGGCGCGUCCUCGCCAUCGGCCUCGGCACCGAGCACCUUCGCCAUGCUCGUGGAAACUGCGCACCACGGCACCGGCCCCGUCGCCCUCCGCCUGCUCUGUCCCGCGGCCGCGCAUCCCGCCGCCUCGCUCCUCCAUAGCUCCGACGAGCUGGCCGGCUUCGCCGAGCUCACGCCCAGCUCUCCCCUCCGCGCCCCCGCGCCUCUCAGACGCUGCGCCGCGUCUCUGUCCGGCCGCCCCGCGCGCGUCCACGACCCGGACCGUGCUCGUGGCCGGCUCCCCGCCCGGGCCGGCUGCUGGCUCCGACCGGUCGCCUCCCGCCCGCGCCCCGGCUCCGGCUCUGACCCGGCCGGCUCUCGCUCCUCCGCCAGCUCCACUGCCUCCGACCCGCCUCCGCCUCCCGCGCGCGCGCCGGGCCGGCUCGCCGGCCCCGCCAGCUCGGCCACGGGCCUCCUCCGCUCCGCGCCGGCUCGCGGCUUCGCCUGCACCCUUGUCCGUCGCCUGCCCGACCUCCAGCUCCAAGGCCGGCUCCCUCCUUCCCCGCAUCCGGCCGGCUACUCAGCCGGCUCGAGCGCGGUGGCCGGCUACGCUCCUCCUCCGGCUGCCGUGCCGGCUGCCCACGCGGGGACAGAAAAGAAAGAAAGAGAGGAGGAGUCCGACUUAAAAGUCAAGGGCCAAGUGCCAAAAAAAGAGAGAGAACACCGCGGCUGGAAAGAAGGAAAUGUCGGGUGCUAA